UUGGUGUGAGGCGCGUCACUCACUCCCUUCAUUGACUGUUACUGCCCGCCCCCAGCCUGCCGCCGCCCCCGCAGCCGCCGCCGCCUGCCUGGCAUAGUGCACUGCUGUGUUUGUGUGUGUCGCGACGGAUCGCGACGGGACCCAGGCACGGGGACCCGGAGGCGAUUCUUGGGUCGAUAACAGAAAUAAGGAGAGCGAUAAUAGCAGCCUUGCCACGCUGGCCGCAGCACGCUGACCGGCUCUUUAGUACAGGCCCCCGCCCACUCCAACCCUCCUCCAUGGGGGGGGUAGUCUCUCUCUCUCUCUCUCUCUCUCUCUGGAAAGCUGCAGGCUCUUCUUAAAUAUAAACUCGUUUUUGUCAUGCCAAUUAUCAAGCAUAACAAACCCCGCGUUGUAAAUGACAAGCCCCAGCGCGUGGCGGACUGGUUGCUGUUAAAGACUGAGUGGCUGUUGUUGUUGUUGUUUUUUUCAUUGUUGUGAUGUAAGUGAAAAGAUGGUUUAUUCAACAAAAGUACACACUGCACACCCUGCUUGUGUCCAGAGCAGCGGGCCAAGGUUGGACACCAACCUGUCGCAGAAUCAGCUGAGCACCGCGGCGCUGCCAAACGAUCGAUCAUCUUCAGGGAUUCCGUGGACGCUGGUCAGGAGAAACUUGCAAACUAAAUCUCUCCCAAUAAAGCAAUAUUUCUUACCCAUGCCACAUAUACGUGGAUCAGAAUAACCCUCGUUGUAAAAGGAGAAAAUGUUGUUGUUACGGGUGCGUACGAAACUCUGAUCCACCGUGCGGCAGCAGAUUGUAGUGUCAUCUUGUGGAAGUGCGCCUCUGCGAGUCAUGUUCCUGAGUUUUUAAAGUAUCGAGCUGUGAUACGCUUAUGGAACCAUCUACAUCCAAGAACACUCGCCCUAAAGAUGGAGAAGUUAUCUACCAUGAGCUCAAGGAUGUUAACCUUACGGGGAAGGGCCGCGUGGAUAUGGCUCACUUCGAACUGCUCAAAGUUUUAGGGACCGGAGCUUAUGGCAAAGUGUUUCUGGUACGGAAGAUAUCAGGGAAGGAUGCUGGGAAGUUAUAUGCCAUGAAGGUUCUGAAGAAAGCGACCAUCGUACAGAAGAAGAAGACAACAGAGCACACCAAGACAGAGAGGCAGGUGCUGGAGGCAGUGCGGCAGAGUCCCUUCCUGGUCACCCUUCACUAUGCCUUCCAAACUGAUGCCAAACUCCAUCUUAUCCUUGACUAUGUCAGCGGAGGAGAACUGUUCACUCACCUUUACCAGAGAGAAAGGUUCCGUGAGGAUGAAGUCCGUCUCUACAUUGGUGAAGUCAUCCUUGCCCUUGAACAUUUGCACAAACUUGGUAUCAUCUAUCGAGACAUCAAGCUUGAAAACAUCCUCCUGGACUCAGAUGGCCACAUAGUUUUGACAGACUUUGGCCUCAGCAAGGACUUCCUCUCCCAUGAAACGGAACACAGAGCAUACUCCUUCUGUGGCACAAUUGAGUACAUGGCCCCUGAGGUGGUGCAGGGUGGAGCACAUGGCCACGACCAGGCUGUGGACUGGUGGAGUGUGGGAGUGUUAACGUAUGAACUGUUAACUGGAGCCUCGCCUUUCACGGUGGAAGGAGAAAAGAACAACCAGCAGGAGAUUUCAAGACGAAUCCUGAAAACACAGCCACCUUUGCCCAAUGAUCUAUCACCUGAGGUCAGAGACUUAAUUUCAAGACUCCUUGUGAAAGACCCUCGCCAGCGGUUAGGAGGAGGGCCACAGGAUGCACUAGAGAUUAAGCAACAUGUAUUUUUUAAGAAACUGAAUUGGGAUGACCUUGCUCAAAAGAAAGUACCUGCUCCCUUUGUACCAAGAAUCAGUAAUGAGUUAGAUGUUAGUAAUUUUUCUGAAGAGUUCACUGCAAUGAUACCACAGGAUUCUCCAGCAAUUGUUCCUCCAGAUGUUGAGAAAAUGUUCAACGGCUACUCUUACGUUGCUCCAUCAAUUCUCUUCACCGACAAUGUCAUCAGUGACAGUCUCUUCAAGAUGUCACCAGACAGAAGACCUUCCACAACUAACCUGUUGGCUUGUAGCUUUAAGGAUUCCCCAUUUUUCCAACAAUAUGAACUGGAUUUCCAAGAUAACAUACUUGGAGAUGGCAGCUUCAGUGUCUGUCGGGAGUGCAUACAAAAGUCAACCGGCCAACACUUUGCUGUCAAGAUAGUGUCAAGAAGAUUAGACUGCCAACAAGAAAUCAAUUUACUCCGGGCUUGCCAAGGACAUUCCAAUAUUGUCAACCUCCAUGAAGUUUUCCAUGAUGAGGCACACACCUACAUUGUGAUGGAGCUCCUUGGAGGUGGGGAAUUGCUUCAGAGGAUCAGAAAACAUGAGAGGUUCACAGAGGCUAAGGCUUCAGUUAUCAUGAGGAGCUUGGUGUCAGCAGUCCACUACAUGCACAGAAAAGGCAUCGUUCACAGAGACCUAAAGCCAGAGAAUCUCUUGUUCAAGGAUUCCUCUGAAGAUUCCGUUAUCAAGAUUGUGGAUUUUGGGUUUGCCCGUUUGAUGCCUGACAAGGAGAAGGACGGCAGCAUGAAGACACCAUGCUUCACUCUUCACUAUGCAGCGCCUGAAGUGUUGCGGCAGGCAGUGCAGAAGGGAGCAAAUGGUUAUGAUGAAACGUGUGACUGGUGGAGCCUGGGUGUGAUUCUGUACACAAUGUUGUCAGGGAGAGCUCCAUUCCAGUCCAGAAGUAAAGACGACACCUCAGCCUCAAUCAUUGCUCGGAUAAAGGAUGGAAGUUUUGACAUGUCUGGACCGGAAUGGGUCUCUGUCUCCUCACAGGCAAAGAAACUUAUCAAAGGGUUGUUGACGGUAGAUGCUUCAAGGCGUCUCACCAUCACUGAGUUGUUGCAGGAUGAGUGGCUUCAGGGAGGUCCUCCUUAUUUAUUUUCGGCAACUCCCCUCAUGACACCCACCAUACUCAGUGCUCGGCCCACACUCACUGGACCAAUCUCUGCCGAAGCUGGAGUCAAACAAGCUUUUCAUGCAUUCCACAUGGCAACUAGGGAAGGAUUUCGCUUACUGGACGUGAGUAAUGCAAGACUUGCUCAGCGCCGAAAGAACAAGAAAUCCUCCACAGAUGCCCGAAGCCAUUCUUCUACCUCAUCCCUCUCCUCUACCUCAUCUGCGUCUUCCCUUAACUCCACUUGCACACCAAGCAAGUCAGACCGCUGCAGUUCCUCAUUAGGUGCAACUCCGAAGAAAGAAGAAAGCAUAUUUGACUUUGGAGAAGCAAAAGUGAAAGCUUAUCUUUCAAGCAUAGAUUCUCCUUCAGAGACAUCUUUCCCUGUAACUCCAAGCAUGGUUUUGACAUUACCAAGCCUACAAUCAAAAUCCACAACAGGCAGUAGUGAUCAUGGAUCCUUUGACUUCCCCAAAGAAAACAGGACUGGUGAAACAGUAACUAAACCUAAGAGUAAUGCUAGUGUGCCUCCAGAGGAAAGUUCUUUAAGUGCUUCUAAGGUGUCUUACAACAAAGAACAGUGCCUUGCAUUUAAGAAACAAACAGAUGGUUGUGAUAUGGGACAGAAUGUGUUACAUUCUAAAAGCUCUGGGAGCUCACAGAAAUUCUUCCCUAGUGACUUUACCGGACCACAAACACGUUCACGGAAAAGAAAGUUGGAGAAGAUGAGUGAGGGUGAUGUAACCAUAGUCAAACACAUGUUCAAAGGUAGAAACACUAGAAGUAAAAGAUUUGAUACUAUUGUGAUUGAUGAUUGAUGAGUGAGAAACUUCUAGGCAUUACAAAAAAAACUUUCCAGAUUAGCUUUAGAAUUUUAUCUAUAUCUCUUACUAUUUAAAAAUCAGAGAAAAGUUUAUUAUAUACAAGAAUACUAUAUUAUGUAACUGACCUGAUGUAUUAUAUUGUGCAAUCCAAAAAUACCAAAAUAAAAUGCACUUUACAAUAAAUCCACUAUUACAUAUCUCAAAAGACCAAGUUGAAAAUGAGAUGUGUGUGUGUGUGUGUGUGUGUGUGUGUGU